AUGUUUCGUGUCCACAAGCAGAUGGAUAGACCGACUAAUAAUAGUCUACUAUACCUAUCAACUGUUCGAGGUCACAGUAUACAACGUGGUCCCCAGACCACCGACCCUUACGUGCUUCGCGCACUAAAGGACUUCGUCCCCGAGCCUGAGCUCGCAGAAUUCAUGAACUACACCAGGUCGUUUUAUACCCUGGAAGGUCAUUAUGUCAACCUUUGGCAUUAUGAUAGAGAAAUUACUACCCGCCCGACACACCCGGCAUACCAUGCCGCCGUUAAACGCGUUCGUGAAGAGUUCCGGCUCCCGGAACCCGUCACCUCUUAUGGAUGGGAUGAACUCCACAAGGUUCCUUUCAUACCUAGCAGUGGUUCCGGUUACGGUUAUCGUGGCAAGAAAGGUGCUCCAGGCAAUCAUGAGAUCGCUAUCUCACGAGCUGAUUGGCACUUAAACACUUGGCUAGAGCUUCCCGAGUCACACAGGUACACACCUGACUUAGCUUGGACUAGAACGCAACUUGACCAUCUAGAUGCGCCGAAGAUCAGAAAUGUAUGGGGGAAAGCCUUCCACAAUAUCCUUCUCGAAGGAUUAACUGCGGAACCGCUUAUCCAAGCCUACCAACAACAGGGCUACCCCGUCGUCACCGGACUCCACACCUACAAGAGACUCCCGGCUGUGAUUUUCAAUAUUUUAAGAGGAGGAGAUGCUCAAGGAGCAGAGUUACGUUAUGGUAUCGGCACUGACUUUCAGUCAUUCGGUCCCUGUCCGCAACCCUGGCUCAUUAGGGAUGCUUUCGAAAUUCCACGUGAGAGCGUUCGUUUCAAAGAUGAAAUGGUCGAACAUAGUUUUGAGUAUAGUAUUAAGCACUUCAUUGAGACACCCAUAGUCAUGCCCGAUGGGCGUAUGUGGCUAAAGAGGUUAGGUCUCCCCUCUGCUCUGGUUCGUACUUCACCCAACUUCUCGGAAGUAUCAUGA